AGAGAGUCAGCCGCGCGCCAGCCCAGCCGCUCAGUCGCUCGCAGCACGCCGCACCGAGCAGUCGCUGCCUCACUACCUGACCUGCCGCACCGCACGCACAGUCAGAUCUUCACUACGUUGUCCAGAGCCUAAACUGCACCAGCCAACGCAGAGGUACCUCUUGCUGCCAAUUUUUGCCGAUAUACGCAGAGUACACCUCCGAGAAACGCGUACUUCGUGGCCAGUACUGCUGGUUCUGAAAGGAACGAUUACGACGCAGGUGUCACAGUGUGCGUGGAUAAAGAGCGGUUCCUGUCUAGCCGUCGCCCACUGAGUGGUUAUCACUCAAAUAGAGGCAGCCGGGUAUAGGGGAUUCACUCAUUCAACGAGCUGCAUAGGUGGAGAAAUCUGGUUACUGGUAGACUGCGCAACCCGUGACAUCUGUUGACUGCAAGAAAGAUACCGGUUUACCUUGAAGGCAACUUACAGGUUACCGGAACCGUCGACCACACGCGGCUGCGUGCAGAUAAUGUGCUAAGUGUCUCUUCCCUCAAGUGGAAAAGAAUUAACAAUGGAUCCCCUCGUCUUCUUCAUCUGUCUUCUUCAAGUGUGCGCGGCGCAGGGCCCGGUCUACGUGAACCCCGGCUCCGGGGGCGGCCAGCCGGCUGCCGUGCAGAGCACGGGGUCGGCGCCACUCGUCACCCAGACGGUGUACGGCUUCCUCGACUUCACGACCACGAUCGGCAACACCGUCAUGAUCUUCUCGCCGCAGAGCGCCCCGCCGCCAGGAGCUGCGCCGAGUCCGAAGCCGACCACUAAGACGACAGUGAUCGAGACUCGACCGCCGACCACCAGCAGCGCGGCGCCGCCAGCGGCCAUCAAGCCCAGCAAGACUGUCUCCAGCGACCCCACGUCGGAUAAGAAGGCGCGUCCCGCCUCCAACGUGGAGGUGCGCGUCGGCGCUCCGGCCACAGUCGUCUUCUCCAGCGUGGUCGAAGUGCGCAAGCCGGCCGCCUCCAGCAAGGUGCAGGUGCUGACCGGGCCCGCCUCCAGCGAGGUCCACGUCCAGAACAGGCCGCCCUCCAGCGUCGUCCACAUCGUCAAGGCGCCGGUGAGCAAGGUGGAGGUCCGCGGUCCCGCACCGAGCGCCAGCCCUGUGCCGAGGCCCAAAUCGGCGCCCUCGAGCGUGGUCGAAGUGCGCGGCGGCGCCUCCAGCGUCGUCUUCUCGCCCGCGUCGCGGCCACCCCCGCAGCUGCUGUCCUCCGUGGUCGAGGUGUUCUCCAGCUCCUCCAGCGACGACGAGCCGGCGCUCCUGCUCGGCGACAACGCCCUAGAGCCCGAGUACGACUUCCUCUCCAGGCAGCCCUCGGAGGUCGUCGACGAGACCUAUAAGGUGAUUAACCUGAAGCCCAGCAGCAAGUUCCACCUGAAGGGACGCCAGUCGUCGAGCGUACACCCGAACCACAAGUCGUCGAGCAAGCACGUGCUCGUCAGCUCGACGCGGCCUGGCUCGUCGCCCAAGGUGCGGCCGACGCCCGUUUCGUCCUCUGCGCGCAUCCUCAAGACGGCGGCGCCGCGGCCGCGCCCUCAGGCGCAGCAGCUGGAGCCGACGCCGGUGGCCGGCACGCUGGCCGACGAGACGGCCGCGCUGCCCCUGGAGGCGCUCUUCAGCUCCGCGCCGGGCCUCACCCGCAACCAGCGCCGGCCGGCGCACCACCGACCGGGCAAGCACGACGAGGCCGCCGACGAGGCGCACGUCGCCCCCAGCGCCGCCCACGGCAGCCACGGCAAGCACGGCAAGAAGCACUCCUCCGCCCGCCAGCAGGCCGCCAGCGCGGUCAGGCCCACGUCCACCCAGAGGUCCGGCUUCCGCUCCACCAAGACAGGGUCGGGUAACAGCCGCUACUCGAGGCCCGAGGUGUCUACCGUGUCGGUGGUGCACGAGACCAGCACAGUGGCGGCGGGGCGCCGCGGGCAGAACCGCGACGCGGGGGCGCCCGCCGCCCCCAACACUGCAGUUGCAACUAAAGCAUAUAAAAAUGGGCUGGUGGCUGUGGUACUUCCAGCGUCCUCCGCGGCAGAGCACGCCUCCGCCGGCACCAGCGUGUACAAGUUCAAGCUGAACCGGCCGAGCGGCCGCUGGCAGUACAAGACGACGCCCAAGCCGCGCGUCACCAUCCGGCGCGGCCAGCAGGAGGACGAGGAGAACGGCGUGGCCUCCGCAGCGCAGCAGCAACAACAACAGUUCGCCCCCGCCGCCACCCCGCAGCUGCCGCCGCUGCAGCCCGAGCCGCAGGCACUCUCGAGGGCCGACACCGACGCCGACCACGACCUGGAAGGACCGUUGCCCCAGGGCGAGACGGAGCAGCAGCUGGCGUCUGAGGACAGGGCGACACUGGUGUCCAACCCAGACGGAGACGCCUCCCCACCGGUCGCCGAGACCAUCAAAGUCGAGAUUUCCACUCCCGCUGACUUCAAGGACGUCUACUACGAGAUAGCCACCAUCAAAUCGCCGUACACAUUCCAGGUGGGCACGGUGCGCAACACGCGCUUCAUCACGGUGACGUCGACGUUCGAGCGCCUGCUGGAGCCCAGCAAGACGGAGGCGCCCGGCACUGCGCCUGGAGGCGUGCCGACGGCGGCGCCCGCUCCCGCGCCGGAGAACAUCCUCUCGCUGGAGGGCAGCCUGCCGCUGGAGGCGGGCAUGGCCACGCUGCCCGUGCUGACGCUGUCGCCCGGCACCGAGACGCCGCCGCUGCACACCACCACCGAGACCUUCAGCACGACCACGCUGCUGCUCAAGACGCACGUGCUGCCCAUCGUCGCCCCUGCCGGCAAUACCACCAGCAGGUACACGCUGGUGCAGUCGUACCAGGUGACGCGACACGUCACGGCGACACGCACGCUGCCGCCGACGCACCUCUUCCAGUUCGAGGCGAGCCGCGCGCUCACCGACCUGAGCUCGCACCUCGAGGAGGCGGGCUCCGAGCUGCACCUCGAGCUCGACCUGUCCGACAACCACCAGCAGGACGGACAGCUGAGCCGCGAGGACCACGCGCGGCCCAAGAAGGCGCCCACGCCCGCGCUGCUGCUCGACGCCGCCAACAACCAGCUUCAGCCGCUGCCGACGCCGCCCCCGCAGCCGCAGCUGACUCCGGAGCAGCUGCAGCAGCUGGCUCUGCUGCGCUAUCUCAACCCCGGUGCGGCGGCGGCGCUGCCGCAGGUGGUGACCACGUCGCGGCCCGUUCUUCGCAUCGAGACGAUCUUCGACUCGCACGUGGUGCCCGUGUACGACGGACAGAGCACCGUCUUCAGCACGAUCCGCCGGCCCGUGGCCACCGUCAGCAAGACCGAGUUCGAGUACGGCACCGCCACGGUGGCGCCGCAAGCGCCCGCGCCGCAGCCGCCGCUCAACCCGCUCAACCCACUGGCGCCGUUCAACCCGCUCAACCCUCUGCAACCGCAACAACAGUUCGCAGUCACCUCGACGCCAGUUGUCACGCAAACUGUGGUCACCGAGACGGAGAGCAAGAUCUUGAAACUGACGUUCGGCGCAAAGACAGCGUACACGACCCUGACGUCGACGCGCGUCGUGCCGACGCUGCUGACGACGUACGUGACGACGUCCGUUCCCGUGCAGGCAACGGCGCCGCCUGCCGCCGCUUUCCCGGGAUUCUUCCCGUCGCCGUACGCGCAGUUCCCGUUCGUCGGCUGAGCGCGUAGCCAGAACGGGGGCGAAAUCGGCGCCCGAUGCCUGGAGCGGCUCUUCGAGUCGCCGCUACACUCGUCGUAUCGCAGGACACACCACGCAGCCGCCCACCGCGACACACAGCGCUUGCUCAAAAGACGUGCCGUCACAUCGCUGCAUCCCUCUCACAGUGUCGCGGUCAAGUGAUGUGUCUGCGAAGACGGACAUUCAACAGUGUACGCUUUCUGUCAACCCGAAAUACGUCCGCAGUUACCUGUUCAACCUUACUCUACCGUGCUCGGCCAGUGUUCUGGCUCCGCACAACCAUACGUUCGAACGAUAAACGUUAUCGCUGCGUACCAAACCAAAUGUGAGUUAGGUUGUGAAGCAACGAAUCUUCAGCAUCGAAUCAUACGUACUUUCUUCACUUGAGUGUCAUCGGUGGACAUAGAUGCUCUUCAGUUUCUGCGCUCCGAAACUUAAACGGUGAACGCAUUUAUGAGUGUAUAUACAAGUGAUAUGAACUUCUUGUGGAUCUUAGGUAAUAUUUAAGAUCACGCUACAAGUCACGUGGUUUUCUAACCUCCAGUCUUAGUGACAUUUUGGGGUGAAGUCCGUAAAUUGUCAAAGUAGUUGUAAAUCCACAAAUACUUUAUAAAUCUACAGUAUUGUGCUGAUGACGCUAUGAACCAACUAAUUUAGGCUGGAAACGCCUUUGUGUGGGAUUAAAAGUGGUAUUAUACUUGGUAGUCGUAGUCAUAACCAGCAAGAACAGUGAACUUUACGAGUAGCAAAGAGGCAGUUAUUUACCACAGUAGCUGCAUACGAAUGUCUUAGUCAGCUGUGGGAAAUAUGAGAGUGCCUACGUGAAAAGUUUGUGCUCGAAAUGUUGUCACUUUGUCGUAUCACAUGACGUUUCUCGGCCGUUGUGAGUAAAGGACAUCAAAAUCCGUUUUAAACCAUUACCAUCUCUGUGCUGUCGUUAGUGAUGGACCUGAGAUUCCCAAAAAAUCUGUCUCCCACAGCUGUAGUGCACCGUGUGGCUCGUUCAUGCUUUCUAAGACAGAUAUAUUGAAAAGUGUGGUCACAAUUGUAAAAAUAUUGAGUGCUUGCACGUAAUAUAUACUCCCAUGCCGAGUAGGUUCAUUGGGAAAUGUCAAUAAUAGAGGUCCAAUGUAGAAAGAGGCUAAUCAAUUUGUUGCAGAAGGUUGAUAUUUACGAAUAGUAUAGCUUGUUGAAGUAGGGUCACAGCUGUGGCCUUGAUACUACGAAUAUUUUGGGAAAAGGCUAAAAUAUUCUUUUAUGGCGUGAGAGGGGUCUUGUGGGGCUGCAAUCGUUUGGGUCUGUACUCUACCAUUGAUUGGUUUCAGUGGGAAAUACCAGAGUGCCAGAUGCCAGCAACUUGGUAUUAAGUACUUCCGUCGCUUUCAUGUAACGGAGAGGCCUACAAGGUGAACGUGCUGCGCGAUAAUGCCAGGUUAACGGGCCGGUCGAGAGUUCACGUCAGAACUCCGCCGCUCGCGAGGGUGGGGCGGCGCGCGGCGAAUGGGCACGUCCUCACCUUGAACGCGCGGAACAAGUGAAAGACUGCUAGUUAUGUCGCGAAUUUUCAUCAGAAGAAAGUGGGACAAUGGGUCAUUUUCCUGGAGGUCAUUCCGACGCAGUGUCCUUACUUGUGCUCGGUAUCCGUUAUCGGCCGCAAGCCUCCUUCCACUUUCACGCGUCGAAAAAUUUUGGUGACCCCCGCCUAUUGUUUGGUUGACGCCGCGGCCGGAUGGAAGCGAUACCAUCUGCAGACAGGUCGCGGGACAAUCGGCGCGUGUGGACUGCGGCCGGCGGUAACCACUGGAGCAAGAAAUGGCACGCCGACCCGAGGCACGCCCCGGCCGGACCGCAUAACGGAUUUCCUUAAUCCGUGUUAGCGCUUUUUCGUGUUUGGGGGGAGUGGAGACACAAUGCGAGCGCCGGAGAGCCGGUCGUCAGGCGGGGUGCUAAAGAGGCUGCCUCUCGGCGCCCGCAAAAAAGAGAGCGGCCACAAUGGUGCGACCCCAGACCUCAGGCGUGCUAACUACCGGCCAUUGUCGCGCUGCGGCCACUCCGUGCGCUGCGGGCAGCCGCAAAAGGGGCGACCGUGCGCCUUCCGCACCACCGCACAGUAGCACUGCGCGCCACGCCGCUAGAUGGCUCUGCUGCUCCUAACGUUCCAAGACUCCAUGACACCUGGUGACGUUUUUGUUCUUCUACUAUAAAGCGCUAGAACCUGUAUCCCAUUAUUUCUUUAUUACCUCUUCUUAUUCUUCUUCUACUUAGUUUUAUUAUUACCACUACGCGAGAUUAAUUAAUACAAAGCUCACUUUAAAAAAAAAUUACUCCAUUUCUAUUACUUUCACCAUGCCUCUCUGUUUAGAGCAUUCAUCUUGGAUACGCUGCGAUGCUCCAUUAUUUCGUUGAAGUGGUCUUUCCAAAUCGUCGAGAUCUGCUGCAUUUCCAUCUGCCAGAUGGUUUCCAUUCCAAAAAUCGGGACCGGUAGUCUAGCGUUCUCAACAAAUACUACUAUCAGUUUCACGAGUUUAAUUCAACCCCAUCUACCAUUCGUCCUGAUUCUAGUUCUUAUUUCUUAAUUAGCAUUUUUCUUCACAUUCUCGUGUUCCUUCGUAGAUAAUCAAUUUCCACAGCUAUGCACAACCCAUUGUUUUGAUCCACACUACAGGACAGACUCAACCAUUAGCCUAACUACUCUUUUUUUAUUGUUGUUGUAAAUAUUCUAUUUCCAGCAAAAAGAGCUCAUAUACCUUAGUAUUUUUCUCGUUUGAUAUAUUCUCUGUUUUUACUUCUGUAUUACCCAAUCCUCUUUUGUCAAUGUAUGCUCCUAGAUAUUGAAUCUUAUCUAGUCGUCUCACAACUUCCCGUCAUUGAUGUGCACUUGAAAUCUAGUGACACUAAUGACUACAAGAUACUCUGUUUUUGUUAGAGCGAACUGUAGUUCCCAUUUGCCAUGUUCAUGGUAUGAACAUCGUAUCACAUUCAAAAGAUUGUAUUCAACACGAGCUAGACUAGUCUGAUCAUCAGAAAAACUUACUGAGGACACCCUGUACAUGAUCAACAUUGAUUCCCUUCCUCCAUAGCUAUUCUCUUGCUUCAGGAGAGUCAUUUCUACAUAUAAAUUGAACAAGACUGGUGGCAUACAGUAAAGCUGUCUCAAACCUUUUUCUCAUUAAUACGUUUCCAUAACCUGCUGUGCUUUCAGAACUUGAUCAUCUAAAAAUGUGAAGGCCUAAGCAAAAUUAUUCCUGUACUAAACUUUUAACCAACACCACGUCAAGAUGAAGAUGAAAAAGAGUAGACGAAAAGCUAUAUAAUUGCCUUAUUAUAUAGUUUUAUUUAUUUAUGUAAAUCGUCUUUUUGUGUAGCUAUAUGUAUACAGAUCUCUAAGUAUUGCUUCAACUUUAUUAUAAAAACUUUCCGUGGCAGCUGGGCUGCUAAAGAUGUGGACGGAUAUGCGUUUUGCAACAAUAAUCUUCCUGUAUUACUUCCAGAAUCUAGCAAAAACUACAUUACAGGAAAUUGUAGAAUAUCUUUGCUUGAUCCUGUAUAAACUAAUUUAAUAAGUCCAGAUUUUACCAGGGUAUAAAUGGUUGAACUUGUAUCAAUCUUCAUGUCGUGCUUUGAAGCAUUACUUAAUUUAGCUGCCCUCCGUACACUAUCGGCCCCUGUAUCUGACAGAAGUGAAGUUGAAUCUCCUCUUCUGUUCGCUGCUCUGUGAAAAAUCGUAUCUGGUGCUCCGUUUUGUUACGGGGUCAUCACAAGUACUGCCAUCUAAUGGACCCGACUACUCCAAUCUGAGGGAAAUCAUCUGUGAUCUUGAGGAAUGUAAUUUCGCACUGAACCACUUUCUUCCAAUUGUUCAAGUGUCAUUUGCCUUUGAAUGCUGCACCUCGCACGGAAUGCCGACUGCCGCUGGGAAGCGAGCAGCGCCUCAGUGAGGUCUAGACCAGCCGUCUGCCCCGUCUAAUGAGCCAGACGCGACGCAAACAGCCGUCUGGGGCGCGGACAGCCGACCCGAAUUAAUGGUGCCUUCGCCGACAGGCUGUAAAUCGAGUCUCGGCAUCCAAAUUGUCUGGCGCAGGUGAGACCCAGCCAGUGCGAAAUGGCGCACUCCCCUCCUCCAGCGAAAGCUGGAAGCUGGUUUCCUUAGCAUGCGAACAGGGUGUCUUCUUAACUGUUACUGUUCUCGCAUCGAUUUUUCCGUUGUUUCUCUUUCUUAGAAGUUUGUUAAGGAACUUUUGCCACGAGAUUUGUGGCCACAUACUUCCAGGUUUGCCGAAACGUCUGAUAUUAUUAUAAUAUCUAUUUGAUAAAGCAUCAGUUUAGAACACAGAAAGAAUAUGGAUGAGUCAUUUGCUAUGCUAAUUCGUUGUCCACUGAUUUUCGUGAUAAUAAUUGCAGAAGAAUUGCCACAUUUCUCGCGUCUUUCCACAAUUUUCUGUUAGAAGUUUCUAUCUUGUGCUAAUAUUUUCAGUCUUACAGACCUAGUACACCCAGUAUUAUUUCUUUCCAGUACCUACUCAUUGUGUCAAUUAGUAAUUUCACCUCCUUACGUAAUUUCUAAGAUAAAUCUGUAACAUUAUAUUUCAAAUGUUACCAUUUUCUUCUUGUCACCUCUUCCAAUGGCUCAUGUUUGAGCUACGCAGGGUACUGUAGAUGUAAAAGCCCACAUAUAAAACAUGUACAUUGUUGUGUCGAACGAAACUUCAUUCAGCUGUGCAGUCUGAGUUGGAAGUCUCUCUCGCUUCGACUUCGUUGCUUGAACAGACAAGAUAAACUUUUCUCUCUCUUUUUUUCCUUUUUCUUUUUAACUGCUUUUCCUUCAAUUGUAAUUUCAUUAUUUGCCGGUGUCCUCCCGACUACUCUUCAUCUUAAUAAUAUUUUGUAAACACUUAACUCAUAUUCUACACUCAGUUUCUUAUUAGAAUCGUCCGCUAUGUGAACUGUAUAUCAAUUUUCCUAUUUAGAAGAAUACUUAUUCAUUUAUCUCGACACAAAAUCGAGUUCCCUAUCAUGAUUAGUACUGUAGCAACUACACCAUGAAUGUAAGUAAACAAAAGCAUUUUAUCUCAGUUUUUACACUACCACAUACAGUACCAACGAACGGUUAUGUAUCUAGCCAUUUAUUUAACAAGGAAACUUAAUCUUAUAAAGGUCUGAAAAAAUACGCCGUGAAUUUAAUUACUAUCAUCAUCGUCAUCUUCUGCACACAUUAGACUUGGCUUACUCACAGAAAUUAGUCAACGUCCCUCUGUCUUGCGUCAGAUCGCCUAGUAUUACCUUGUCCUGUUGAUUUUCAUUUGUAUAGUAUUUGUUGUAGUGCUCCACCCUGCCAAUGUGCUCUUUCCAUUUACUUCUGUGUUCUCAUGGUUUUUUUUCAUUUCAAGACAUUAAUCCCAAUUCUGCUCUUAUUUCUGUAUUUCCCUUUCGAUAUUGGCAUGACUAUUCUUCUAUACAUUGAUAAAAACUCAUUUACAAAAUCCAAAUGAUAAGUGUAUGUUUUUGUCUUGUUAUCUAGGUUUCGUUUCUCUUCAUAGCAGAUGGGUAUAGCAGUAUUUUGUAAAAACUUAUAAGUGUCUCUUUGCUUUCUAUCUUUUUAAGCUUUAUUUAAUAAUUUUCAAGAAAAAUUUCUCUGCCUCCGUCGAAAAUUAAUUUCAUUCUAUGUGAUACAUUGCAUCCUUAGACUUAGUUGCUUGCUUGAUGCCGCUCCAUUCAUUACAAUUUUGGACCUUAUUUUGUUUCUCACGGAAGCCAUCACAUAGCUACUUUUGUAGUGCUAUGCUGGUAUUUGUAGAUUACUUUGACUGUUAAGAUUCUGAAUUUGGUAAAUUAAAUAUGUUAGCACUGGAUGUCUUAUUGUAGCUCCAUGUCAUUUCGUCAUUUUUCUACUACUACCCUUCAAUUUUACGUCAGUAGGUGAAUCAGAAAAGGGCUGUGAAAAAGAUGAUAUUGAAUGGACAGAAUAAACUUUUCUUGUCCUACUGACAACGAUAUUCGUUGUAAGAAACAAAACAUUAAGGCUGAAGAUACUGAUAUGAGUUACGUCCCUACAGCUCAACGAAUCUCUUCCUAGCCGUAUUGAAGUAGGCAGAGCGAUAACUCUUCGCCUGUCCUGCAAAUAGCAAGAAAAAGUAACGGGAAGAGGAGGAGGUGCUCUUUGCAGCAGUCUUUCGCUUUGUCUCCGCUAGAGCGCCCCAGUAGCUGUAUGGUUCCGAGCGGUGUCUGCCGCUGCCCCACCACACGUGUGGACUGCCGCUUAUCCUUCCUGCGGAGCCAAUUUCGGGGUGGGGUAUGGCCUGGUGGAGGGGUGGGAGGUGGGGGUGCUACAGAUGAAAUAGCUCGGCGUUAAAGCCGUAACGCGGCCCCAGGGAUCGCUCCACGCUACGGCAGCACAGAGGCCUCAGCGCUGCUCAAAGGUAGAGCGCAAAGUCUCACGCCUUGCCUUGUUCACUCCCCUAUUCCAUUUAUUCACCUGCGUCAAGAGAUGGAUAAAAAAGAAAGGUGCCGUUACUUUCAUCGGCCCCUGUACUCGUAACCAAAUCAAAUAGUAGCUUAGGGUAUUUCAUGAUAUUCUCUGUUACCAGUAUUCUGCCAAUGAGACUCUCGUACCAUCACCAUAUUUAUUGCUAAACCAUCAUGUUCAUAGUAUUACUGUGUAACGUACAAUGUGGACCACCCUCACUAGUAUAAUAAACGUAAUAAAUUAAAAAAAAAUGAAAUGACUUGUAUGUGAUCGAACGUUAAAGGAAAUCAUUAGCUCAUAUUUCGCAUCAUUCGUGUGAAGUCUCUUGUGUUGAGAAAACGUAUAUAAAUGCACAACACUCCGAAUUACGUAUGGAAUGCUGUGUUGCAACAUGAACCAUAGUUAUGGAAUGUUCAUCUCAUUAUUAAACUGUAAAUAAUGUAUUUUUGUAAUAUACGUAAUAAAUCAGUAUUAGCAAUAUGA